AUGGCCAGAGGAACCACCACCCACAAGGUCGACUUCGCGACCGAGGUGGUCUCAUGUCGCGAGCCGCGCGACGACGAGCUCUCGGUCAUGGAGCAUUUCGCCAAGCACUCGGCCAGAUGUGAAUACUGUCGCGAUCCCUACACUGCCUACCGGGAAGACAGACCCUUGUGCCGCAAGGGCUUGUCCUAUGCAAAGGAUGUGGCAACCUAUCUCUACGCCAAAGGGGGGAAGCCCUUCUCUCGCAUCGAUAAAGACAACGGCCAACGUGUUCAAGUCCUCGUCCCCGCCGGUUGUGAGGUCAUCGGCCUUCUGAUCAAGGCCUUUGACAAGGGGAUGAAGCUCGACUCGUCCAGAGUUGUGGUGGUCCAGAACACGAAGACACAUGAGACUGUUGAGAAGCCCAUCAAGGUUGUCUCACCUUCCUCUCCUUCCUCACCCUCCUCACCCUUGAGACGAAGAGAGUAUCACGAAGACCGACUACGGGAAAGACGCUAUGUCCGGGACGACUACGAUGUGGUUGAGAUUAUCCCCCACUCUAGUCGGACAGACAGACGGGAAAGAAUCGUCUACCGUGAUGACCGUGUCGACAACCGAACCCGGUAUGAAGAACGGAGAGAGAGGCCCAAGUCAACCAUCUACACUGGUGGAAAGGGCAGUCUGUAUGUGCGAGAUGAAGAGGAGAGGAGACGGCGAGAAUAUCGCCAGCCUGUUGUCAUCGUCACCGAACCAGGCCAGCGGUUUACAACUCGGCGGUGA